AUGCCACCUAGAGUUGCAAAGAGGCCAAGAUACCAAGCGUUUGAGGACGAGAUAGUACCUGAGAGCUACCAAAACCUUAAAACCAUCACCUACGUCUCUGAUGAUGAGAGGAACAAUAGGACCUUUAUCGUAGUAGUUGACAGGGAUCAUGCUGCACCGGUAUUAGAUGGGGAAAAUGAGGAUGAGGAACCACCCCCAUUAGAAGACAUACCCAUUGAGGAAGAGGAACCUGUUGAGGAAGAGGAACUUGUUGAGGAAGAGGAUCCCAUUGAGGAAGAGGAUCCCAUUGAGGAAGAAGAACCCAUGGAAGACCGAGAACCCCUACUGGAACAUAUACCCAUUGAGGACGACGAGCCUAAUGCGGAUGAAAUUGACGUGGAAGAAGUGAUAGAGGAUCCUGAAUCAGAGGAUGAAGCUCCCCGCCAUAGUCCAUAG